AUGAAAGCUGAGGAAGAAGAUGAUGAAGAUAUGGCAGAUGACCUUGUCCCAGAGGAUGAUGAGAGCGAUGAUAACAAGCCGACAUCUCGUUUGACAAAAAGAUCCACCCUAUCUAUGCCCACCGGAACAACUCCAGCAAAAAGAUCAACAUCUAUGACACCUCUAGCUGAAAGAUUGCAGGGAAUAUCAGUUAAUACAAAGCCAUCUUUAAGUGCUAUGUCGAAAGCAAAUAUAUUUAACAAUAAAGCAGCUACUACCAAAAUGGAGAAAAGACAAGAGCGAUCACAGAAAUUCAAAGAAAAGAAUGAUGAGCGUUAUCAUUGGCUCCAGAAUGUCAAGGAUUUACAAGGAAAUCCUGAGGGCUCCCCAAAUUACGAUCCUAGAACAUUAUUUAUUCCAAACUCUGCCUGGAAUAAAUUCACACCAUUUGAAAAACAAUAUUGGGAAGUUAAGCACAAACAUUGGGAUACAGUUGUGUUUUUUAAAAAAGGCAAAUUCUAUGAACUAUAUGAAAAGGAUGCAGAUAUUGGACAUAAGGAGUUUGAUCUCAAGUUGACGGAUAGAGUCAAUAUGCGUAUGGUUGGUGUACCUGAAAUGUCAUUUGAUUAUUGGACUGCACAGUUCAUUGCAAAAGGAUAUAAAGUUGCUAGAGUGGACCAAAUGGAAACAGCCAUUGGCAAAUCAAUGCGUGAAAAGGCUGAUACAAAGACAAGCAAAGCAGACAAAGUCAUUCGUAGAGAAUUAACCUCUAUUUUGACAGCUGGUACUUUGGUUGAUUCAGGACUAUUAACGAAUGAGUUGGGUACAUACUGUAUGUCUAUCAAAGAAGUAUGCGGUGAUGAGUCCUCCGCACCGAGCUUUGGUAUCUGUUUCGUUGAUACAGCCACGGCCGAAUUCAACUUGGUUCAUUUUGAAGACGACCUUCACCGCACUAAAUUUGAAACACUUAUAAUGCAACUUAAACCGAGAGAGCUUGUGACAGAAAAGGGCCGCUUAUCUAGAACUUCCACCAAAUUACUCAAGUCUAUACUAAAUGAGCCCCUCUGGAAUAUGUUAUUGCCAGAAACUGAGUUUUGGGAUGCCAGAACAGCGAAAGACGAGAUUGAAAUACAUGAAUAUUUUGUUGGAGAUCGGAAAACCGAGUUCAAUAUUGCCAUGAAAGAAGCUGAAGCAGACCCUUUACUCAUGUCAGCCUUCGGCGCUCUGAUUUGGUAUCUAAGAUCUUUGAAGCUUGAUAAAGAAUUACUUUCCGCCAAGAACAUUCAUUUGUAUGAUCCUAUUCGCAACGCUACUUCAUUAGUGCUUGAUGGCCAAACUUUAGCCAAUUUGGAAAUCUUCCAAAACUCGCACGACGGGACUACAGAAGGCACUGUUUAUAAACUCCUGUCCCACAGCAUCACACCUUUCGGUAAACGUUUAUUCAAGCAAUGGUUAUGUCACCCUCUACGUAAGAUUGAGGAAAUUAACGCUCGAUUGGAUGCCGUGGAGGACUUUAUGCGCUUGAUUGAAUUGCAGCAAUCCUUGGCUAAACAGUUGGCCUUUUUACCAGAUCUGGAAAGAUUGAUAUCACGUAUUCAUUCAGGGAGAAUCAAGGUGAAGGAAUUCUUGAACACCCUUCAAGGCUUCGAAAAACUAAGCAAUAUCAUGAAUGAGAUAAAGGAAAGUCGAAUGGAUAUUCACUCUAGCUUAUUAGGCGAAUGGAUAGAUAAGUUUCCCCGCAUUGAUGAUGAAUUACAAAAUAUUCUUGACUCGUUUAUUACCGCUGACGUCGAAGUCGAUUACCAGAAAACAAGGACAAUUAUACCCCGCAGUGGUCAUAACGAGAGAUGGGAUGAAUUGAAUGAACAGAUUGUAGAGAAGGAGAAUGAAUUUCAAGAUCAUUUGAAAGCUGUGAAGAAGCAACUCAAGUGCUCUUCUGUCACUUUCAAGGAUAUCGGUAAAGACAUAUAUCAAAUGGAGGUGCCUAAGAAUGUAAAGGUUCCCGACAAUUGGAUUCAACUUUCAAGUACUAGUAAAGUGUCGCGUUACUGGGAUCAAACGAUCAAGACCAUGGUCACAGAAUACAAAGAGUUGUUGGAGACAAAGAAUGCAUUCGUUAAAGAAUUCGCUUUAGAAGUGUAUUCAGCAUUCGAUAAGAAUUACAAUAUAUGGUUGCAAGCGGUACAGAUUAUCGCGAAUGUUGAUGCGUUGUUUGGUUUGGCAAAAAGCUCUGCUAAUAUGGGAGAACCUUGCUGCCGACCUGAAUUCGUCGAUCAAGAAAGAAGUGUAAUCGAAUUUGAGGAAUUAAGACAUCCUUGUGUCGUGCCUGGCAUCGCGACUGAUUUUAUACCGAAUGACGUUGGAUUAGGCAACGAUAAAGCAAGUAUCAUUGUUCUUACCGGCCCUAACAUGGGUGGUAAAUCAACAUUGCUCAGACAGACUUGUGUCGCCAUCAUACUUGCACAAUUGGGAGGUUAUGUACCUGCCAGAUCAUGUCGCAUGACACCAUGCGAUAGAAUAUAUACCCGUAUUGGCGCCAACGACAAUAUUAUGGGUGGCCAGUCCACAUUUAUGGUCGAAUUGGCUGAAACAUCUAAAAUCUUGAAGGAAGCGACGCCACGCUCUAUGGUCAUUUUGGACGAACUUGGACGAGGCACUUCAACUUUUGAUGGUUAUUCCAUUGCCUACUCUGUCUUACAUUAUUUGUCGACACAUAUUGGAUGCCUUGGUAUGUUCGCUACUCACUAUCAAACGUUGUGUAAAGAAUUCGAGCGUAACCCUGAAAUCAACAAUAUGCAUAUGUAA